AUGUCACAGGGAUACGAACUGAAGAGUAGACUGGCAAAAAUUGAACGUUGUUGGCCGUAUUUCAUCGGGUUCGGAACACCGCUCACUCUUCUGACCACUACGUCGACGAAUUUCAUCGUGAACGGAUGCCUGUUCGGAAUGUUCUUCCCGUUCUUCAUAAUCAGCAGUUAUCUGGCGGAUAUAAAGAACAUUCGAAGUGAGCGAUAUGCAUCCGAGGUGCCGAGUGUGCACAUAUUCUGGCCAUCGCUGAUCGUGACGAAUCGCAUCUCGAAGUACAUCUCGGAUAUGGCAUCGCUCAAGUGCAGAAGGUCACUCGUCGCAUCGUCAUCCUCGACCAGCAAGCACACACCUCAGAAAAGAUCAACGUCCACUCAGCCCGAUACACCUCAUCGUCACGUAUCGAAAUCAGCCGUUGCAGUGCAGAGAGCACCCGCUGGCUAUGAUUCUGUGUCAGCUCUAUCCUCCAGGACAAGAACACUCUCGUCGGGCAUAAGCAAAUAG